CGCAACUAAGAGGGCCUUCCCUCUCCCGAGCUUGCCUCGCACUUCUCCCUCUCUCGAGCCGCCGCCGCCGCCUUCUUCGCCGGCAUCGACGAUGGGCGACUACGGCCACGGCGCGGGGCAGAUGCGGGGCAACCCGGACUCCCGGCCCAGGGGCCAGGGGCAGCGCCCCAACGUCCAGCAGCUCAAGCUCAUGGGGCAGAUCCACCCGACGGGGCUCACGCCCAACCUGCUCAAGCUCUUUGAGCCGCGGCCGCCGCUCGAGUACAAGCCCCCGCUCGAGAAGCGCAAAUUGCCGGCAUACACAGGGAUGGCGCAGUUUGUGUCGCAAUUUGCCGAGCCUGGGGAUCCGGAAUAUGCUCCACCCGUGCCCACGUGUGAGACAAGGGCUGAAAAGAAGGCUAGGAUUCGCAAUAAUAAGCUUGAGCAAGGUGCAGCUAAGGUUGCAGAAGAGCUUCAGAAGUAUGACCCGCAAAGUGAUCCCAAUGCCACUGGUGACCCAUACAAAACACUCUUUGUUGCAAGACUUAGCUACGAGACGUCUGAGCACAAGAUCAAACGGGAGUUCGAAGCUUAUGGGCCUAUUAAGAGGGUUCGGCUUGUAACGGAGAAGGAUACAAGUAAACCUAGAGGAUAUGCUUUCAUAGAGUACAUGCACACACGUGACAUGAAAAAUGCGUACAAGCAAGCAGAUGGGAGAAAAGUGGACAAUAAAAGGGUAUUAGUUGAUGUUGAGCGUGGUAGAACUGUUCCAAAUUGGCGUCCCAGGAGAUUGGGUGGUGGACUGGGAUCAAGCAGGAUGGGUGGUGCAGAUACUGACAAAAAGGAUUCUGCUAGGGAGCAACAGCAUGGGGGGCGCCCCAGAUCAGAAGAGCCUAGGAGGGAUGAUAGGCGUGCUGAAAGGGAUCGGGAGAAGUCUCGUGAAAGGGUACGGGAAAGAGAACGUGAUGAGAGACCCCGUGAACGUUCACAUGACCGGACUCGUGAUCGUGAUUCACGAGAAGAGAAGCACCACCAUAGAGACCGUGAGAGGACUCGGGACAGGGAGAGAGGGAAAGACCGGGAAAGAGAGCAUGGCCGUGACCGUGACCGUGAUCGUCGUGACAGAGACAGGGAUAGGGACAGGGAUCGCGGUCGGGACAAUGAUAGAGAAAGGGACCGCGCCCGCUCUCAUGAUCGCCAUCGUGAGAGGGGCAGGGAUCGUGGUGAAAGAGAUUAUGAGCGUACCAGUCACGAGCGGGACCGUGGCCACAUGCAUGAGAGGGAUGCAGACUAUGGCAAUGGUGGGCCAAAGCAUGACAAAAAUCUGUCCAGCUACGGGCAGGAUUAUGGCCAUGGCCAUUAUGAGCAACACAAAGGUCAUGAGGCAUAUGGUUAUGGUCAAGAUGGACGUGGUCAUGAAACUGAGCACUCAAAGAGGCAUGACCAUGAGUACUAUCGUGCUGACUCGUACAGUAAAAUGGAAACCAACUAUCAGGUGCUGCCUAACAAUGCUGAACCUGAAGGGCCUGAGGAAGGUGAGGCAUAUGAGGAAGGAGACUACCAGUAUCACCGAGCUGGCGAGCAUAUGAACGAGGCUUGAUUGCAGCGUUUCAGCGGCCUAGUACUUGUCGGGGAUGUUUCUCCAUGUUGGCCAAACCUCAGAAAGAAGCAAAAGCAUGCCUUUACGCAUGAAGUAUGGAUGUGGCUGUCAGUUUCUUCCGGAAUAAAAUGUUUGUGUAAUCAGAUUGUGGGGAGAGCAGUAUGAUCGCCCUCGCUUUGUAAUUUUGUGUUAAGUUUUGUACGGAAUGUUUUAAAUUUUAUCAGUACAUUUUGUUUUUCAGUACUUCAAAACUGUUUCAUCUUAUUGCAAGAUAUGGAGCUUGGUGCACGUA